CCCACCGUUGAGCUCUGGAACUUUCUCCAUAUUUCUAACUGCCUUCUUUUCCUUUCUUCUCCACGUCUCGCGAACUUUCUCCUUUUUCGUCUCUCUCUCUCUCUCUCGAUUCUUGUCCCUUGAACCUUCUAUAUAAGCCAUUCUUCGACAUGCCGUGACAUUCCAAAGAAAGCAUCAACGUCCAAAAGUAGCCGAUCCUAAGCACACGAACUUAUCGUGCAGUUCCUGCCAUGGCAUCUACUAUGGCUCUUAGAAGGGUCACCGCUCCAGCUCUCUUCUCCAAGCUCCUCAAUCCAUUCCGCUCCACCUCGGUUGCUCCCUCUCUUUCUCGCUCCUUCAGUUCCGAGUCCCAGCUCGCCGACUUUGACAAGCACGACCGUGCCGUCGACGUCGACCGCCGCUCCGACCGUUCCGUCUCUCGCCGUGGUUUCCCCGCCCUCUUCACUGAUGUGUUCGAUCCCUUCUCCCCGACAAGGAGCCUGAGCCAGGUGCUCAACCUGAUGGAUCAGUUUCUGGAUAACCCAUUUGUAGCAGCGUCCCAAGGCCUGGGAGCGGGGUCGAGGCGAGGCUUUGACGUGAAGGAGGACAACAAGGCUCUCUACCUUCGAAUGGAUAUGCCGGGGGUUGACAAAGACAAGGUGAAGGUGAAUGUGGAGCAGAAUACUCUGAUUAUCCAAGGCGAGGGCGAGAAGGAAUCAGAUGACGAUGAGAACGUGAGAAGGUACUCGAGCAGGCUUGAUUUACCUCCGGAUCUUUACAAGCUCGACGCGAUCAGGGCCGAGAUGAAGAAUGGGGUUCUGAAGGUUGUGGUGCCAAAAGUGGAGGAGGAGGAGAGGAAGGAUGUGAUCCAAGUGAAAGUUGAGUGAAUUCUAAUGAAUUGAGAAAGAAAGGAGUUUUUGGGAAAUGUAGGAUUUUGUAAAGAUUUUGUUUAGCUCUGUUUCAUGGUCUUGGCUUUUCUAAUGCUGUUCAGGGUGGCGGAUCAAGGGGUAUAAAAAGAGGUCUGUAUAAGGCAAUAAAUGGGACUGGUUCCUAAAGAAACUUGGUGUUUUUCAUCAUGUUUUGGUUUAAA